AUGGAAGGCCUCUGGAAUGUGAUGGGGAUCUACAGUGGUUCCCUAUAUACAGACCCCGUGCUUGGGUUUGCAGCCAAUCUAAAGACAUUGCCCAGAGCUGAUAUCAGUUCAUCUGAUGAAGAUUUGGAGAGUUGGGAAACUGAUGGUAGGGGGUCUACUGCUUCUAGGGCUCUUCCUUUAUGGGCUUCUACCCAGGGAACAAAUUCAAGAGCUACAGGUUACAGUGUACAAUCUCAAAAUGUUAAUUCUCCUAAAGGAGCAUCUGCUUCAAAUGGGAAGUCUUCGAAUGCUAAUAAUUAUUCACGGGACAAACUCCAUUUUCAUCCUGGUUCAAGUGACAGUACUGGGGGCCCAAAUCAUCAGAGUGCCCAACUGGAUGAUUCUGAGUACUUUACGAAUAAUGGAAAUGCUUUGAAGAGAACUCUUCCACCAUCUUUACAGCCGAUUACACCAAGUACUAGAUUAAGAAAUUUAUCAGAGAACAUGGGAGGCAGUCAUGUUCAUGAUACUUAUGAAAGCUCUUACCAUUCAGCAGGGCCUAGUGCAACCAAAAGCAAGGGCUAUCUGCGGGAUCAGUUUAGCAGGGGCAAAAAUGAUGAAGUUGCUGUGUACGAAAACAGUGGAACUAGGAUGCUGCCUCCAUCUCUGAUGCAUGGAAAGGCCAUUUCCUCCAGCCAGUUUGUUAGUUCAAGUGAUGCCUCGUACCGUCCCAUGGUUGGUGAAGAAAGGCAAACUGAAAAUGAUGAGAGAUUGAUUUAUCAAGCAGCAUUGGAGGAUCUUAAUCAACCCAAGUUUGAAGCAACUUUACCUGAUGGUCUUUUGUCUAUUUCUCUUCUCAGACAUCAGAAAAUUGCAUUGGCAUGGAUGCUGCAAAAAGAAACUAGAAGUUUGCAUUGUAUGGGUGGAAUUUUAGCUGAUGAUCAGGGCCUUGGCAAGACCAUUUCUAUGAUUGCCCUUAUACAAAUGCAGAAGUCUUUGCAGUCAAAACCAACAUCAGAAGAUCUAUGCAAUCGCAAAACUGAAGCAUUGAAUCUUGAUGACGAUGAUGAUAAUGGCAGUGGUGGUGUGGUUGAAGUCAAGAAUUCUGAAGAAUCUGAUGGUUUAAAACCUAUUCCAGAAGUGAGUACAUCUACGCAGUCAUUUAGAAGGCAGAGGCCAGCAGCUGGUACAUUAGUUGUGUGCCCAGCAAGUGUUCUUCGACAAUGGGCAAGGGAGCUGGAUGAAAAAGUUGCAGAUGAAGCUAAACUUUCUGUCUUACUCUAUCAUGGAGGCAGUAGGACAAAAGAUCCUGUUGCACUGGCAAAAUAUGAUGUUGUUCUCACUACAUACGCAAUUGUAACUAACGAAGUUCCAAAACAACCUUUAGUUGAAGAGGAUGAUGCUGAUGAAAAAAAUGAGGUGUAUGGGUUAUCCGCUGAAUUUUCCACUGAUAAAAAGAGGAAAAAAACGACUAAUGUAACUAAGAGGGGAAAGAAGGGAAGAAAAGGAAUGGAUAGUUCUAUUGAUUGUGGUUGUGGUCCGCUAGCAAGAGUGGGUUGGUUCAGGGUGAUACUAGAUGAAGCUCAAACGAUAAAAAACCACCGAACUCAAGUGGCUAGAGCGUGCUGCAGCCUUCGAGCCAAAAGAAGGUGGUGCUUAUCUGGAACACCUAUUCAAAAUGCUAUUGAUGACUUGUACAGUUAUUUCAGGUUCCUAAAAUAUGAUCCAUAUGCUGUGUACAAAUCAUUUUACAAUACAAUAAAGUUACCAAUAUCCCGAAAUUCACUACAUGGGUACAAGAAGCUUCAAGCGGUUUUGAGGGCUAUAAUGCUACGUCGUACAAAAGGGUCAUUAAUUGAUGAGCCUAUAAUUAAAUUACCUCCAAAAACAGUACACUUGACGAAGGUGAACUUCUCAACCGAGGAACGGGCCUUCUACACCAAGCUAGAAGCUGACUCACGCUCUCAAUUCAAGGCAUAUGCUGCUGCUGGCACAGUGAAUCAGAAUUACGCAAAUAUUCUUUUGAUGCUUUUGCGCCUCCGUCAGGCCUGUGACCAUCCAUUUCUUGUCAAAGAUUAUAAAUCUGACUCUGUUGGAAAAGAUUCUCUUGAAAUGGCAAAGAAACUGCCUAGGGACAUGCUGAUUAAUCUAUUGAAUUGCCUGGAAACUUCAUUUGCCAUCUGUCAAGUAUGCAAUGAUCCACCCGAGGACCCUGUUGUUACCAUGUGCGGCCAUGCUUUCUGCUAUCAGUGCGUAUCAGAGUAUUUGACAGGUGAUGAUAAUACGUGUCCUGCAUCUGCAUGUAAGGAACAACUUGGUUCGGAUGUUGUUUUUUCCAAAGCUACUCUGAGCAGUUGUCUUUCUGACAAUGUUGAUGGUAGUCCCAUGAAUUCUCAGUUCACCGAGAGUUCACUAGUUCUGCAGAAUGAGUAUAGUUCAUCUAAAAUCAGAGCUGUUCUUGAGAUUCUGCAGACACAUUGUAAAAUGAAUUGUUCCAUGGAAUGCAAUGGAAGUUCAUUGUCUGAAGAAAAGGCACAUGCAGAGAAUUUCCAUUCAAGUGUUAGUGCUGUAAAGCACACAACAGUUUAUUCAAAGGCACCAGCUGAAGGAGCAAUAAAAGCAAUUGUGUUUUCCCAGUGGACUAGCAUGUUGGACUUGGUGGAGAUUUCUCUGAACCAGUUUUGUAUACAAUACAGGAGGCUUGAUGGCACAAUGACUCUGGGUGAGGACAGGGCUGUUAGGGAUUUCAACACUGACCCAGAGGUGACUGUUAUGCUGAUGUCAUUAAAAGCAGGAAACCUUGGGUUAAACAUGGUUGCUGCAUGCCAUGUCAUUCUUUUGGAUCUUUGGUGGAAUCCAACUACCGAAGACCAGGCUGUUGACCGAGCACAUAGGAUUGGACAGACUCGUCCUGUUACUGUAACGCGGAUCACCAUCAAAGAUACGGUGGAAGAUAGAAUAUUAGCUCUCCAGGAAGAGAAGAGAAAAAUGGUUGCGUCUGCUUUUGGUGAAGACCAAAGUGGGGGCUUUGCCACUCGCCUAACGGUGGAGGAUCUUAAGUAUCUUUUCAUGGUCUGAACACAUGUUCCUGUUUCCUCCUCGUUCUGGAUUUUGGUAAUUAUUCUCUCUUGGCAUUUGUCUGGAAGAAACAAAGUUUCCAAGAGAGUCAAGUUUGAAUCUUGAUCGGUGAACGUGACAGCAAGAUGACAUAUGGCUGCACUUAUAGGUCCUGCUUAUCCUGUGGCUCAUCCGGCUUAAUGAGUUGGUGCAUCUUGAUGGUAACUUACACCAGUUUUGAGGCCCAUGAAGGGUAUUUUUGUUCCAAUUGAUGGUAAACAUUGCGAGUUAAAGCCACCUGUAAAUAUUCUAAACUAAUUUAUCAGCACACCAAAGAUCUAUAUUAUGUAGUUAAUCUCUUCUAUUUGUUAAUGUUAAUAUUGUAUAAUCUCGUUGCCUCUGUAUUGCACAUGACGAAGGCAUAGGAAGGCGCUCAGAUGGUUUGCUCUCCCUCACAAGUUGUGAUUUUCCAAGUGGCUAGUGAUAUUAAGGGUUUCCAAUCUGGCUGCUGUUUUCUUAAUGCCUUGCGGAAAAUAUGGAACUCUCAGGGAUGCCGUUGAUGGGUAUAAUUUCAAGGGAUUUACAGCUUUGUUUCAAAGGUUGGAUUGAAAUUUGAAGGACCCAAAGGGAGGGAAGAGAAAAUAAAGAAGGCUGGUGGUCUCCACUGUCCCCUCGGUCAAGGUACAUUUUUCUCUUCGCAACUUUUUAGUUGUCUAUGAAAAUUACGAGAUGCCCAGUGCCCACAUCUAUGUAUGGGGGAGAGUGGGGUAAAGGGGGAUGUGGGCUCUACCAAGUUGGAAGGUUGGUCUCCAUCUGAUGAGAGUGCGAAAACGCCCAAGACUCUGAACCUGCACUCACUGGCACUCCCAGCUUUCCUCUGGCUCUUCAUGUUUUUUUUUUUUUUUUUAAUUUUUAAUUUUUUUUUAUUCCUUUGAUCAAGAUGUAAUAUUCUCAGAUCGAAGUUCACAUCUGCCCCCAAGUUUUAUCGUUGGUUCUUUGACCGAGUGUGUUACGGUUUCCACCAUUUGUAUAUAAUCUCUCUCUCCCUGUGGUAAUGUAAUGGAGCCGUUCUAGUGUGGAAUACAGGAAAUAUAUUUCAAAGAAAAUGAAGCACAUCAGGCA